AUGGUGUUCGAUCAAGACCUUGGGAGUAGAAAUCCGAGAGACAGUGCAGCAGGUGUGCAAAGGCGCGUGGAAAACGCCGCGUCCAAUGGUGGAAAUGUUGCUUCAGGCGAAGAUGCGAGGCAAGGCUUAUCCGACUUCGAACAAGAGAAGCUCGAACGAGCUGCGUUGGCUGCACGCGACUGGGAGAAAUUUCUCCUGAGUAGCCCCAGGAGACGACGACACAUUCCUGGGGUGAAUGACAGCAGUCCCACUGCGACUAGCAGUGGUGCUCAUCAAGCUUCUGGUAUUGCCGGUGCUGCAGGUGCUGGUGCUGGUCGGUCAGCAGCGGCAGGCAUGCCAUCCUCUUCAGCUGUCACGCAGGGAAUUUCAUUGGAGGAGAUGGCGGAGAGCAUGGGGCUUCCCACAUCUGCUCGAACCAGCCUCAAGCGCAGCACCAGUGACAGCAACAGCAGCAGCAACGGCACCCGAGACAGCAUCAGCAGCAUCAGCGCCAGCAUCAGCAACAGCAGCAGCAGCAGCAGCAGCCCAAGGAACCCCCAGCCAGCAACUCCCGCUCCUCUGGGCGGUUCUCCUCUGCAGUUCAGAGGAGGUGCGAGCCCCAGAACGGGCGGCAAGGGAGGCAGCAGCGGAGAUCAGCGGCUGGAGGAGCUGUUGGCGGGGGGAACAGGGGGGGGUGUGCGUGCCAAGUAUGCUGCACGACUGCAGGAGAAGAAAAUGCUUGCUGAGGCCCGCAGGGAGCAGCAGGGAGGCGGGUUCGGCCGGGCGGCUGCUGCUGUCGCCUCUGCUGCCGCUGCUGCCAGCACUGCUGCUGCUGCCGCUCGUGUGGCGAGGUUGAGAGCGGAGAAGGGAGGUGGAGAUGGGGGGCUUCUGGGGGGAACGGGAGAAGGGGCGUUGCCUGGGAUUGGCGGGGUUGAAAGGGGAAGGGGAUGGGUGGUGGCUCCUGGGUCUGCAAGACUGCUCCGACAUUUCCAGUCGCGCACUCUGAAGCAGGCGCUGGUAACCACCCACCCACGCCUUGACGUGCUGCUUCUCAACGACCAGCUCGGCAACUUCUCCUUUGACUCUCACAUCAACGUCACUGCCGGCGCUGCUCCUGCUGCUCCUUCGGCCUCUGCUGCCUCCUCUUAUACGCCUACCUCAUCAACCCCUCCAUCUGAGUCCUGUUCACCCUCAGAUGCAUCGCAAACAGCGUCAGCCACAUCAGCACCAGGGCCGUCACUAACAGCUGCGUCUUCAUAUGGAGUGGCAGCAGAACCAGGAGGCACAUUACCAAACGAGGCACUAAGGUCGCCCCCAGCAGCAGUGCCAGGCAUCGACUCACUGGAAGCUGCCAGAAAGAGGGUGGAUGACUUCGUUGAGACAUGCAAGAAGUGGAAUCUGAAGCCAUCACAAGUCCUUGUGGUUGCUGACUGGCUGCAGGCUAGUGCUAGGUUCAAGGCAGCAGACAUGGUGGAGCUGAAAGGAGUGGUGGAGGAGCUGAAUGUCCCGUCCGCACGAAUCCUUUCCGCCACGUGGAAAUCUCAAAUGGUCGAUUCGAUCGCCACGUGGCAAUCCUGGGAGCUGCCAGUUCCGUUCGACCACAGCUUCUGGUCUCACGGCGCAGUAGCUGCAGCUGAUUCUUCUGACGUAGCAAAGCUACAGACCCUCCGCUGCGCGGACGCAGGUUGGGCUCCGUCGCUCCUCGCCAUGCUCGCAGUACAGCCGCCGUCCGGCGCGGCGUGCAACUUAAUCUCCCGCCAGCUGCACUCGCUGCUGCUCUGGGACGACUGGAUGAAGCGCCACGGCUCUCCAGACGAGUUUAGCGCCUUAGCGUCCGUGUUUGGCGCUCAGGAGAGGCUGGUUGGCGACGAACAGCAAGUGGCGGUUGGCGGCGAUUUGCUGGCGUUUCCGAGGAGGCUAGACGCGAAGUUUCCUCUGAAGAAGAAGGCCUUCUGCGACUCGCUAUCUGCGCUUCGGAAGGAAGGCGCGGGUUCCAUCAAGUUCUGGCUGGCACGGUAUCUACGCAGUCUGCAGCAGUACGCGCUCGUCGGCUUGCCGCUUCACCAGACGGUUGAGCGGCAGGCAGCAGCCGGCGAUAGCCCUUCUCUUGAUGACUAUCUCAUGUAUCGCGCCGCCACCUCCCCCGCAACUCCCGCCGCGUUUCUAGCCGCGGCGUCUCGCAACCUCCCUUUUGUAUCUGACAGCACGCUCGAGUCACUCGUCCUCCCGCUCCUCUUCGUCGGCUCCGCGUUUUCCGCUCUGAAAGGCGACUCGCUUCUGGAGCGCCGGCGCCGGCUGCAGGAAUCCGCGUCGCUACCAGCAUCGCUCCUAUUCGACGCCGAAACCGGUUCAUUGCUUCUGGACACUCUCGAGGCGGCUUUCGUUCAGAUGGCGGCGAAGGUUGAGAAGGAAGCGAAGAGGUUGCAGCUGGCGUCGGAACGAGUCGCGGUUUCCUCGUUCGUGCGACUUAUCAGAAGCGUCGUCCACGGCGUAAGCCUAUGGCAGGGCGCCGCGUGGCGGUUCCGGGACCUCACCGCUGCUCCUGCGGGCGGUUCAGUUGAGAGCUUCUCCGAGAGCGCCUCAUAUGCUAGCGAGUCAGAUUCUGAUAGCGAGGAUGAGUGGGGUAGCAACGGAAGCCGCCACAGCAGCCUGAGCAGCAUGAGCAGCAGUGGCAGCUUGAGUGACGCAGAGGUGCCUCAGUGGAUUCUGGAGCAGAUUGAAGCAGCCUGUGCACGCUUCGUUGCCCAAUGA